AUGGAACCGCGCCGACCAGUAUCAGAGCAGCGCUCACGACCAUCCCGACAACAAUCCACCACCUCAUCAUCAGAAAACUCCAAGAGUAGAUCACAGAGCCGUGGCCACGGUUCAAAACCCUCAUCGCGGCGUACUUCCUGCACAAUCGUAGACCCAUCAAGACCGGCGCGCCACUACCGAAUGAAGAGUCACCAAACGCCCCCCACAGCAACCAGCCAAGACAUUGACGACGUACUCGCGCUCCACUUCCGCAGCUGCAGCAUCUUUACAAACCCAUCCUACCACUCAAACUCCGGACUACCCAGCCCAACCUUAUCGCAAGGUGAUGCAACCUUUGGUUUUCCCAGCGCAGCAACGCGCUUCAGUUCAGACAGUCUGCGCGUCGUCGAAGAAACACCCAUGCAUCGACGCCAAAGCGAAGACACCAUUGCAGAGGAGAAGACUAAUACGACUAUGCAUUGGACAUCACCAUGUACGCGAAAACGCGAGUACGAAAGGAUCGACAAGGCCAACAGCGGUCUCCGGGGUUUCUUUCGCAAAGUAACACCGCGAUGUGUUUCAGGCCCGCAAGAGAAGUUUUACUCUGAGAAAGACCAAUCGGACGCUGGAUCCGUGCGACGUUAUCGCAUGGAAGACCUGGAUGACGAUGCGCACAUGAACGAGAAGGAUGCUGCGCGACCAAGGACGAGUCCGAUGCCUAGGCCGGGCUCAAGACCGGGUAUCGCGAAGAGGUGGACGUGCUUCUAG